AGAGAGAGGCGUUCAAUGUAUUAAAGCUAAAAAAUAAAAUAAAAAGAAACAAACAAAAAGCCAAACAAAAACUAAGGAUCUUCUCUACUCUUUUUCUCUAUGCUCUUUAGAUUUAUCCUACCUUUGAUUUGCUCGAAACCUUAGCUCAAAAAUCUGCUAAGUUAUGGCAUCAAUGGUUGCAAAGGCAUGUGCUACGACGUCGGCUCAAUAUUCACCGGCUUUGACAGUCUUGGAAAAAGGGAGUAGGAAUAAGAGGAAAUUCAGGGCGGAUCCACCUCUAGCUGAUCCAAAUAAAAUAAUUUCUUCUCCUCAGUUUGAGUGCACGAGUUUUGAAUUUUCAGCGGACAAAUUUGGAAUGAUCCCUAGUCGUGAGUUUUCGAAUGGUUGUGAUAUGUGUAGCUCGAAGCAAGACGGCUCAGAAAGUUUGAAACUUGACCUCGGAUUGUCUUGCAGCGUAGGAUCAUCUGAAGUAGGUCCGAGUGAGCCUAGAGAGGAGGAAGUUGAAACAACUGAAGAGUUCCAUGAUGCCGAUUGGAGUGAUCUUACGGAAUCCGGGCUAGAAGAGCUUGUCUUGAGCAACUUGGAUACAAUUUUCAGGAGUGCAAUUAAAAGAAUAAUGGCCUUUGGUUACAAUGAAGAUAUUGCCACAAAGGCUGUUUUAAGGUCUGGUAUUUGCUAUGGUUGUAAGGACAUUGUGUCGAACAUAGUGGAGAAUACAUUGGGUUUUCUUCGUAGCGGCCAGGAGAUUGACUUGUGCAGGGAGCAUUAUUUUGAGGAUUUGCAGCAGAUGGAAAAGUAUGUGUUGGCUGAAUUGGUCUGUGUUCUGCGAGAAGUUAGGCCUUUCUUUAGCACUGGUGAUGCAAUGUGGUGCUUGUUAAUAUGUGACAUGAAUGUAUCUCAUGCUUGUGCGAUGGAAAGUGAUCCUUUGAGUAGUUUGGUUGCUGAUGGGAAUGAAAAUUCCUCUGCUUCUGUGCAGCCUUAUUUGCAAUCCGAGGCCAAAAGUUCCGAAUCCAACAAUAGAAUUCCCUGUAAGACAAAUCCUUCAGUUGCUUGUGCACAUUGUUCGUCUGAGACUUCCAAUGUCGCUUCUGUAACUUGUGGGCAUAGCUUUCAGUUGGAGGCGUCUGCUAUGACCGGAGUUCAUGAUGUCAAAACCAAAUCUUCAUUUUUCCCGAGUGGAAUUAUUUCAGAGAAAGAUUCUUCAAGCUCUCUGUUUGACACUGUUGAUAAAACAUUUACGGCAGUUGGAACACCCAAUCCCCCAACCGUCGACGAGGAGUUUGUCGGUAGUCGAAAGUUGUCUGGGAUCACCAAAAGAGAGUACAUACUUAGGCAGAAGUCC